AUGGGUUCAGAAAUUGUUAAAAUUUGUGACCUUUCUAAGGCAUCAAAGCGGUGUUCAAUUAAAGUAAGGGUGAUUCGUGUUUGGGAGAAGCCCGCAUUCAAUAAAAAUGAUGUCGUUGAAAAGAUAGAUGCUAUUUUGAUGGAUAAGGAGGGAUACAAAAUUCAACUUACAUGUAAGAAAUCACUUUUGUCUACCUUUUCAUCGAGGUUGAAGGAAGGAAAAUACUUGGAGGUCUCUAAUUUUUCUGUUAGAGACAAUGAUGGUGUAGAUCGAGGAACUAGACAUACUUAUAGAAUUGAUCUAAAUUAUUCGUCCCAUAUUGCUGAGUGUGAGGAUUUACAAAUUGAUUCAUAUGGAUUGGAGUUUGUCACAUUUGAUGACAUACUAUCAGAGAAAUAUUCAAAUGUUUUUUUAAUAGAUUUUAUUGGAGAAGUUAGUGGCUAUAGUUCUAUCCAAGAGAAACCUUCUUCAAAAUUGAUGACCAUUGAUCUUAUAGAUUUAGAGAAUAAGUCUCUUACAUGUGUGUUGUGGGGUAAAUAUGCUGACGAAUUCACUACAUACCUCAAGACUAGGAAGGAUGACGAAAGUAUUAUUGUUGUUGGACAACAAGGAAACAGUAUUACGUAUCAAGGUGAGAUUCGGAUCGCAACUUCUCGCCAUGCAACUCGAUUAUUCAUCAACUCCGAAAUUCCGGCAAUUAUGGAAUUCAACAACAAGAAAAAUGCAAUUGGAGCAAGAACAAUUUCUCCACGACCAAGUGAGAUAUCAACUGAGACUAAUGAGUUUCUAAAAGAGGAUAUCGUAAAAGACAUUAGUGAUUUGAUGCAGUGUGAACAGUCUGGGUUAGGUGUGUGCCUUGCUACAAUUGAAGACAUUGAUACAAAUUUCAGUUGGUACUACGAGUCAUGCAAAAUUUGUUAUAAGGGAGUCAAACGAGAUGGUGAUAAGAUAACUUGCAAAAGGUGCGAGAAAGUUUUGAAGGCAACCGUGCCUAGGUUCAGAUUGAAGAUAAUAGUUUCUGACAAAACAGAUGAUGCAACUUUUGUUCUAUUCGAAAAAGAGGUGCACAAGUUGUUGGAUAAAUCCGCUUCAGAUUUGUUAGAAAUGCAAGUGAAGAAAGGUGACAAGGAUGGGUUUCCUGAAGAAUUCACAAAAUUGCUUGGCAAAAGAUUACUCUUUAAAGUGGAGAUUCCUCAUCCUAAUAAGGUUGGUCAGUCAAAGGACUUUGCCGUUAUCAAUACAACUGACGAUCAAACAACUAUAGACAAAUGGAUGGGACUCUACAUGAAAAUGGUGUACGAGGAAGCCAAAGAAGCACUAAAAGAAAAUGAGAGUGUCAAGGAAAUUGAAGUGGAUAAGGAUCAUAAUAUGAGCAACCAGCAAGAAUCGGCAACUUCUGUUACACCUCAAAAGCGCAUCUUAGAAACUAAUGGUGAUAGUGAUAGCUGCAAAUAUAGUUCCCCUUUGGAUGCUCGUUAUCAACAAACAAGAGGCCCAUGA